AUGGGAAAUGUGAAAGAUGAUGGAAAGAAAUUAAUGGAUCCUUUGUUUCCUAGGCUACAUAUAAGUGAUGCGGAAAAAGGAGGUCCAAGGACGCCUCCGAGGAACAAAAUGGCUAUUUCGCAACAGUUAAAUGUGUCACCGUCUUCACAAACCACUCAAAGGAGUAUGUCGCGGAUCUCACCUCAUUCCAUCACCAAUCGAAGUAGUUUGGGUCCUCAAUCGUCGUCUUAUCAUGAUGCAAGCUACAAGAGAAGUGUGUUCUCUUCUUUUGGGGGUCGCUCGACAAGAAUGGCAACAAGACUUGAUACCUAUCAAUCAAGUGGUCUCAAUUUGAAUUUCUCACUUACAACCACCGUCAAACAAACUAUAGAAACUACUAAUUGUCAGGCUUUAUGCGAUACCGGACAUCUGAAACGUGGUGAUUAUCGGCUGUAUAAACCUUUAAUGAGGAGUCAUGAAGAAAUUACGGACGAUUACUUGAUUCCAUGUUUGUGUUUUGGUAAUGAUCAAAACUAUACAAAUAGAAGGAAGUUCCCAACUUUAAGCACAAACCGCCCUGACCAUACAAAACAUAAUCCUAUUGUUGGCCCGAAACUAGUAGAGCUGACAGAUAAGGAUAUAACCAAAGAAAACAAACUAAACACUACAUUAACAAUAACUGACAUCACUGAUGAAGAGCCACUCCCAUGUGCUAAUUCUGAAACAGUUCGGGUAUCAGAAAUGACGAAUGGGGAACUAAUGUCUCCCUCAGACACACGAAAAAAUAGUAUUUCUGUAGAGGAACCACAAACGUUACAUAAUAUGAUCAACAUUGGGUUGCCUCUUAAGAGAAAGAGUAGUAGUCAAGAAAACGUGACAUGUAAAAAUGGUAAAAUCGACUCAACAAGCACUGAUCAUGAAGUUGUUACUCCUAACAAUAUAGACGAAGAACACGCAGGGAAAGUCGGAGAUGUUAUAGAGACAAACUUCGUAUCAAGUAAUAAUAUCAUAACCCCCGAAGAAGUUUCACGAAUGAUCGGCCCUGAACAGUAUUGCAUCAUAAGAAGAGCUAUUAUUCAACAACAAAAAGCUUUCCAGUCACAAGUCUUCGAGUUGCAUAAGUUAAUCAAGGUACAAAAAGUCCUUGCAGGAUCACCUGGGCUAUUGCGCGAAGAUAGUUCGUACAAACUAAAGAGGACGCCUUUUGAGGACAUUUUUCCCCAAGUUGAUCAACAUAAAAAAGAAAGUUUAUUUACUAUCCCCAUAGAUGGUACAAUUAAAAAAACCAACCAUACUAACUUUGACACCGAUAAAAGAUAUUACCCGAGUUUAAUAGACCUUCAUCCGCCGCCACCAGCACCAUCUGUCAUCAAUGGUUCCAAACCAUCUCCAUGGUGUUACCUUCCCCCACCUCCACCGGGAAACCAAUGGUUGGUGCCGGUGAGGUCACCUUCUGAAGGACUAGUUUACAAGCCUUACACAGGACCUUCACCUCCACCUGUUGCUUUCAUGACACCCGUCUAUGGUAUGAGCUUAACACUACCCUCAGUUAAUAGUGAGUUCCUCACCACUACCACCUGCAGCCCGUAUAAUAAUAAUAUUCCACCAUCUAAUUAUUACCAACAAGGAAUCAACCUAUUACCAAGCAGUACUCCACUCUUUACAUCAUACGGAUUUCCAACGAUAUCAUCAUCAAAGAAUUAUUCUUGUUCUCCAAUGAUAAUAGAAAACGACGUUAACUAUAGCAAAACCACUACUACUUGUAACAAUCUAUUAACUGGUCAAGACAAUAAAGAAAGUGAUUUGCAGGGGAGUAGUGGAAGCAAUUACUCUUGUGAAAGAGUAAAAGAUGAGCUUCCUUUGUUUCCUACUACACCAAUGCUUCACGAAACGAAUCACUGUAUAGCGCAAAAGGGACAAGUUGAUGAGAGGAUAAAAGUGAUCAAAGUCGUACCACAUAACCCAAAAUUGGCAUCUGAAUCUGCUGCUCGUAUAUUUCAGUUCAUACAAGAGGAAAGGAAACAUAAUGAAUAG